UCUGCCUCCGUGCCGGUCUUCCCGGAGGGACCUCCUCCCGCCCUUCCCGCGCUCGAGAGCCCCAGCUCUCUCCUGAGCCCACACGCGCGCGCCUCCACCAACUCCUGCUGAGCACCGACCGCCCCGAGGCAGGGCCCUCCCUCCCCAGGCUGCGGCCUUUGCAGGGAAACGCACCACAGACUAAGAUGAAGUCACAGCUGGUGUGAUUUCGGGUAUUGAUGAGUGUCCUGGGACGGGUGCUGCACCGUUCAGCACAGUAGCCACCAGCCACCGGGUCAGCUCCUUGGUCGCACUGUCCACCUGUCAAGGACUCGAUAGCCACCUGACUAUGCACAGCGCAGUUAUGGGACCUUCCGUCUUGGCAGAACGUCCUAUGGCGACCUUGGGGAGCGAUUUGGGAAGACUUCGCAAGGAGGUACUAUUUCAGCCCAGAAGGCUGUUGAGGGGAGACAUGGAAAACAUUUAUUCAUUCAGCAUACAUUAACUAAAUGCCUGCUGCGGCGGCAAGCACUCUUCCAGGGCAGAGAAUGAAGCAAAGUUCCUGUUCACACGUCAAGGGGGCAAAUAAAGUACACGUACAGCAUGUCAGAUGGCAAAUAAUGGAUCUUCUCAUCUGUGGUGUCUGACACUUGGCAAGAUGAGCUUUGGAGUCUGCCCUGGUCCUUGGCCCUGCCUCUCCAAACGGUCUUGAAAUGCUGGCUCUGCAGCAUCUUCCUGGAUUAUCUUGCUAAAAUUUCUUCACCUGUUUCCUGUAGUCUCACUCUCUGCAGUUUCUUUUCAUCAGGUUGAUCUCAAGCCAAUGUUUUCUCUCCUUUUCUCCUUGCCUUUUUGCCUUCUUUCUGACCCAUUGCUUUAACUUUGCCUUUUAGCUUUUCUGGUAUAUUUAUUUAUUUGCAUUUUAUUUUUUUAUUUAGUCAUUUUAUUACUUUUUUGGUAUUUUUGAAAAUCGUAGUUUUCAUUUCUAAGAGCAAUUCCUCCCUUUCUGGUUCUUUUUUCAUAGCAUUCUUUUCUUGCCUUGUGGACAAAAAGCUUUUCUUGUCUUCCUGAGGGUAUUAUUUAGAACACUUUGAGCCUUUUCUUGGCCCUUUACAUUGUUUCCCAGUUCCUUUUCUGUUUGGGCAGGUUUCUGUCUCUCCAGUGGACCAGAGCUUAUUUGGUGGGGUGCAGAGAAGCUCUUCCCCAUGCUGUGGGUAAGUGCAGAUUUUCCGCCUGGGGCUGAAGACGCUCCCCCGCUUCUCCAGCCUGGGGCAGGUGCCUUGCUGUGGCUGCUGCUUUCCAGAAGCUGGCAGAAUCCUCAGGCUCCCGCCAUCCAAUAGCAGGAGGUACCUGACUCCCAGCCAGAGAGGAAGAAGGAAAACCACUGCCCGGGAGAGGUGGGCGAGCAUGGGGGAGAUGGGAGCUCCAAACAGACAACUUCUGCAGUUGCGGCACCUCUCACUCCUCAGAAUGGGCUGCACAGGCAGGAAAACCCUGCCUUUCUUUCUCAUUUUUGUGCCCAUAUAUCUACAUGGGGCUUCGUCGCAAGAAACUGCCCCUGUGGGGCAAAGAAAACCAUUUUUCGAGAGGCUCCGUAGACUAGAAGAGCAAUUUCGGAGGUUCCAAGAGGUGACCCUAACGCACCUGCAGGGCAUCGCCAGCAACUACAACCUGUCCUUCGAUAUUGAGGCCCGGUUCCAGAGCCUGGCCCGCGAGAGCCAUGCCGUUUGCCUGGCGCUCAACCAAUCACAGGCCACCGUGCAGGGUGACCUGGACCACCUCAAGACCUGGGUGCGGAAGACGCAGCGCAGAGGCCGGAAGGUAGACCACAGGCUGCUGGCCUUGGGUGCCGCCCUCAGCGAGAGGAGCAGGCAGCGCGCCCAGGAGAGGAAGGAGCAGGAGACACAGAGGGACACCCUCUCCGGCCUGGCCCUGGACGUGCGGGCCCUGCAGGAUGCGCUGGCUCGCCUGACACCCCUCGUCCAGAACCAGGGCGCCAGGCUGGCCACUCUCGAGGGGCGGCUGCAGGUGGCAAGCACUGGAACCGUCGCCCCGAGUGUGACCCCAGCCCUGCCUAGGCCAUCGAGACCGAGCUCUCCAAAGCUGCAGGGGGACAGGCAGGCAUCCAGAGCUCUGCCCGAGCCUGGGGACCCACCUCUGGACUUUGCUUGCCGUCUCCAGGGGGCGCAGGAGCCCCCAGGCCCAGGCAUCCAGCGGGCAUGGCCCAGCGAGAGCCCAGAAGAGAUUUGCAACGUGGGCCAUGCGCUCAUCUUCCCGAAUGCCUCCACCGCGAAUGUGGUCUUCCUCCGCCCUGGCUUCCUCACGGGUCUACAGGCUCUGUCCAUCUGCAGCUGGGUCCGCACAGCCUCGGGCCACCUGGGCACCCUCCUCUCCUAUGCCACGGAAGAAAAUGACAACAAGCUGGUUCUGCACGGGCGCGAUUCCCUGGCCCCCGGUUCCAUCCACUUUGUGAUUGGAGACCCAGCCUUCAGGGAGCUGCCCCUCCAGCCACUGCUGGACGGCCAGUGGCACCAUGUGUGUGUCAUCUGGACAUCCAUCCUGGGCAGGUACUGGCUCCACAUGGACCGAAGGCUAGUGGCCACCGGCUCCCGCUUUAGGGAGGGCUAUGAGAUUCCUCCGGGAGGGUCCCUCGUGGUCGGCCAGGAGCAAGAUAGCGUGGGGGGUGGAUUUGAUGGCUCUGAGGCCUUCGUGGGGAGCAUAGCAGGCCUGGCCAUAUGGGAUCGGGUGCUGAUCCCUGGGGAGGUUUCAAACCUGGCCACUGGGAAGGAGCUUCCAACGGGCGCCAUCCUAACACUGGCCAAUGCCACAUCGGUAGGCGGAUUUGUGCAGAGGGUGAACUGUACCUGCCUACAGCUCUGUCCCUGAGGCCUGUCUACACAGCAGCUGUGCUCACAUGGUGGGCCGGCGGGAGGAGCAAGUCUUCAGCCAUGCUCAGCCACCCCUGACCCCAGCACACUCCAUAGAGGGCCCCCCACCCAGACUGAGGAGCAGGCUGCUGUCUCUGACCCGGGCCAGGCACACCUGCCCUCUAACAUAGGAUGCAGGCGUUCCUUGGGGUGGGGGGAGGGCCCACAGGCAGAGCCAGGCUCAAGGUGAUCCCCAGAAAUGCAUUCUUUCCCUCGCUGAGACCUUAUUACACCCCUCCCCCCCCGGAGUAGGAUGUCAUUUCGACAUGACUCAACUCGCCACGUGGCAGAGCUGGACUCCAGCACUGCCUCUCCUUGGGUAUGGGUUUGGGCUCCUGAAGAGCUCUUAUUUUCCUUGCAUUAGCUGCUGUGGUCCUCUCUCCAUGUGGCUUGUGAAAGUUUCUCCUUGUUCCACUCUCUCUCACGAGAAGGGCUGGGGAGUCCAUUUCCUGGCCCCACAGCUCCUUUACCCUAGGGAUUCCAUCAAGUUUCUGUGGCAGCCGGUGAGGCCACAGAGGCCUGCAGAGGGAGCCUGCAGAGGGAGCAAGCUGCUCAGAAACACACAUUAAGGACGGGUGGGCAAUGCUUUUAAAGCAAUUGUAUUGGGGUAUAUUUUAUAUACUGCGAAAUUCACCCAUUUUAAGUGUAGAGUUCAAAUAUUUUUUUUAUAAAUUUGCCAAGUGUGCAACCAUCACCAUGAUCCAGUUUUAGAACAUUUCCAAUGACCACCUCCCCAAGAAAUCAUGCCUGUUAGGGGUCACUCCUUUGCCCAUCCAGCCCCUUCCCCAGCUCUGCACCCACUCACCUGCUUUCCAUUUCUGUGGAUCUGCCUGCUCUGGAUAUUUCACAUAAAUGGACUCA